AUGGUUUGGUCCCGUUGGCUCUCAACUAUGCUCCUCGCGAACCUCGAUCAUGUCAUGGUUCCAACGCAACAGCGACUCCUGUCGUCAUUUUUCGCCAUGAUGAACUACUCCGUCCGAUGCGUCAUCAACCAUGACGCUAAUCAGGGCGAUUUCCCUCUCUCACCGGACCAAGUUGAGACCUAUGUGACCCGAACAAUGCUCACGAACAUGAUCUGGGCGUUUAGCGGUGACGGCAAAUGGAAAUGUCGUCAGCAAAUGAGUGACUUCAUCCGAAAUUCAACCACACUCACUUUGCCAUCCAAUCAACAGGCUCCUCUGAUUGACUUUGAAGUGCAAAUGAGCGGUGAUUGGCAACCGUGGUUGAGCCGUGUUCCAGUGAUGGAGAUUGAAGCUCAUCGAGUGGCUGCUGCCGAUCUUGUCGUUCCAACGAUUGACACCGUACGUCAUGAGAUGCUGCUGUCUGCAUGGCUAUCUGAGCACAAGCCACUGGUGUUAUGUGGACCUCCUGGUUCUGGAAAGACUAUGACCUUGCUGGCCGCCUUGCGGUCCCAGCAAGAUAUGGACGUGGUGAACGUGAACUUCUCCUCGUCGACCACGCCAGAACUGCUGAUGAAGACGUUCGAUCACUAUUGUGAAUAUCGUCGUACACCGAACGGUAUUGUUUUGGCGCCGGUCCAACUAAGCAGAUGGCUGGUGAUAUUCUGUGAUGAGAUCAACUUGCCCGCUCCGGAUAAAUACGGUACCCAAAGGGUCAUCAGCUUCUUGCGACAGCUUGUGGAAUUGAACGGUUUCUAUCGUUCUUCGGAUCACUCAUGGGUAUCACUGGAACGCAUCCAAUUUGUUGGUGCCUGUAACCCACCGACAGAUCCUGGCCGUCAUCCCAUGACUUUGCGUUUCUUACGCCAUGUCCCUGUGGUCUAUGUUGACUAUCCAGGACAGACUUCUCUACUACAGAUUUAUGGUACCUUUAACAGAGCUAUGCUCAAGACAGUGCCAGCGGUUCGUGGUCUAGCUGAUCCCCUCACUAACGCAAUGGUUGACGUUUAUUUGGCCAGCCAGGAACACUUCACGCAAGACGAUCAACCUCAUUAUGUGUACUCACCCCGUGAACUGACUCGAUGGGUUCGUGGAAUUUGUGAAGCGAUUGCUCCACUGGAUGGAAUCAAUCCUGAUCAACUUGUACGCCUCUGGGCUCAUGAAGCAUUACGAUUGUUCCAAGAUCGACUUGUUACGGAAGAGGAACGCAUAUGGACCGAUGAGCUGGUUGAUUCCACAGCAGAAAAAUACUUCGGAGGUGCGUGCAAUAUCAAGGAGUCGUUACGUCGUCCCCUCCUGUACUCAUGUUGGCUAUCGAAGCACUAUGUGCCUGUCACAAGAGACGAGCUCAAAGACUAUGUUACUGCGAGACUCAAAGGCUUCUACGAAGAAGAACUUGACGUACAAUUGGUUCUAUUCGACCAAAUGCUCGAUCAUGUACUGCGCAUUGAUCGAAUCUACCGACAACCUCAAGGCCAUCUUCUGCUCAUCGGUACUGCUGGAGCUGGAAAGACGACCUUGUCGAGAUUUGUGGCGUGGCUGAAUGGAUUGAGUGUGUUCCAGCUGAAAGUUCACUCCAAAUACACCGCUGCCGAUUUCGAUGAAGAUAUGCGUACGGUACUGCGACGGGCCGGUUGCCGUAACGAGAAGAUGUGCUUCAUUAUGGAUGAGUCAAAUAUGCUGGAUACGGGAUUCUUGGAGAGGUUGAACACGUUGCUGGCUAAUGGAGAGGUGCCGGGUCUGUUCGAGGGUGAUGAACAUACAACUUUGAUGACUCAAAUCAAAGAAGGAGCUCAGCGGCAAGGUUUGAUGUUGGACAGCCACGAUGAGUUGUAUAAGUGGUUCACCCUGCAGGUCAUGAGAAAUCUCCAUGUUGUAUUUACGAUGAAUCCAUCUGGUAGCGGCCUUCGUGAACGAGCGUCGACUUCGCCUGCGUUGUUCAAUCGUUGUGUACUGAACUGGUUCGGAGACUGGGCUGACACAGCUUUAUAUCAGGUUGGUAUGGAACUGACCAACACUUUGGAUAUGGACCGUACCGAUUACGAGCCGCCAUUCGCGCUGUCAACCGUCUGCGAUUUGGUGCCAAGUCCGCCUACGUACCGUCAUGCUGUCAUCAAUACUCUCGUGCAUUGUCAUAAAUCUGUGCAGAAGCUCAAUGAGCAGGAACAGAAGCGCGGCCACAGAGUGAUGCUUGUGACACCACGCCACUUCCUCGACCUUAUCAAGCAUUUCAUGAGCUUGUUCCACGAAAAACGACGUGAUCUUGAGGAGGAGAAGGUCCAUCUGAACAUUGGUCUAAACAAGAUCCGUGAAACCGAAGAACAGGUGAAGGAGCUGCAAAAGAGUCUGACCUUGAAGAGCCGCGAGCUGGAGGAGAAGAAGACAGCUGCCAACUUGAAGUUGAAGGAGAUGUUAGCUGAUCAGCAGAAGGCAAUCCGUGGUGUUAUGGUCAAAGACGAUUUCAUGCCGAGAAUUCUCGCUUUCGAUACUGACAGUAUCACUACGGAUAUUUUGAAGCAAAUGGAUAAGUAUGUGAAUAAUCCUGACUGGGACUUCGACAAGGUCAACCGUGCUUCACAAGCUUGCGGUCCUAUGGUGAAGUGGGCGAAGGCUCAACUGCUGUACUCUGGAAUGUUACAUAAAGUUGAACCUCUUCGUAAUGAGCUGAAGCGGCUCGAGUCUGAUGCUAAGAAGAAGACCACGGAAGGUAACGAGGUCAAGGCACGUAUUGCCCAACUAGAGCAGUCAAUUGCUGCUUACAAAGAGGAAUACGCGCAAUUGAUUGGACAGGCAGAAAGCAUCAAGAUGGAUUUGGCAACUGUCCAAGAAAAGCUUCGAGACAUUCUGUUCCAUCGGUGGAUCGAUCAUGUGCAUGGUGCAGGAGUGAAAUUCCGUUCUGAUUUGGCAAGAAUCGAGUACCUCAGUACGGUGGAUGAUCGUCUGCAGUGCAGCAAGAUGAUUACCGUGGACGAUUUGUGCUCGGAGAACGCAAUCAUGCUGCAUCGCUUCAAUAGAUAUCCUCUCAUUAUCGAUCCAUCUGGUCAAGCUUCUGAAUUCAUAAUGAAGCAGUUUGCUGGAAGGAAUAUUCAGAAGACGAGCUUCUUGGACGACUCAUUCAGAAAGAAUCUAGAAUCGGCUCUUCGAUUUGGUAAUUCGUUGUUGGUGCAGGAUGUCGAAAGUUACGAUCCUAUUCUGAACCCAGUUUUGAAUAGAGAGGUGAAACGUACUGGUGGACGUGUGCUGAUAACGAUCGGAGAUCAGGACAUCGACUUGUCACCAGCGUUCCAGAUAUUCCUGAUCACUAGAGAUGCAUCGCGAGGAGAGGAGUGGUUGGUGGAGUUUACUCCUGAUGUAUGCUCUCGUGUGACGUUUGUCAACUUCACAGUAACCUCAUCCAGUCUUGCAAGUCAGUGUCUCAAUCAAGUACUCCGAAGUGAACGACCAGAUGUGGACAAGAAGCGCAGUGACCUGUUGAAGCUGCAGGGUGAGUUUGCCGUGCGCCUCCGCCAACUCGAAAAAGCGCUUUUGGCGGCGUUGAACGAGAGCAAGGGUAAGAUACUGGAUGACAACUCUGUCAUCGGCACCCUAGAAAAGUUGAAGAACGAAGCGUCGGAAGUGGCAAAGAAGGCAGCCGAGACUGAUAAAGUCAUGGCUGAGGUGGAAGCAGUUUCGGCACAAUAUCAACGAUUGGCACACGCAUGCGCCCAGAUCUUCCAUACAUUGCAGCAGUUGAACGAGGUUCACUUCUUGUACCACUACUCGUUGGACUUCCUUUUGGACAUCUUCACGUGUGUACUGAAAUCACCCGAAUUGCUUCAAACUCAGGAUCAUAUGCAACGGCUCAACAUUAUCACGUCGAAUUUGUUCCAGAUGGUUUAUCGUCGUGUGUCUCGUGGUAUGCUGCAUGCGGACAAGGUACUGUUGGCCUUGUUACUCAUGCGAAUUUCCCUACGCUCUGUGGGUGGCGAACCAUCAUACGACGCUCAAUGGGAUCUCCUUCUUGGACGCAGUGAGCUGUUCGCAUCGAAGACGGCCCAUCAAUCGCCACCAACAGCUCUACCGUAUCUCACUCCUCAGCACAUGGGAGCGCUGAAUAAAGCGCAGAAGUUGCCAGGCUUCGAGAAUAUCAUUGACGUUAUGUGCGCUCAGUCAGCGCAAAUCAAGCAAUGGAUGGCAAUGGAUAACCCAGAGGUGGCAGUGCCAGUACUAUGGGAGGAUCCUGAGCAGAAAUUGACAAGUAUUGGUGUGGCGAUGAACCAGCUGAUUGUGGUUCACUGCCUGAGAUCCGACCGUCUAAUGGCCAGCGCUCAUCGUCUGGUAUCAGCAGCGUUUGGUGAAGGCUUCAUGCAACAGGAUAAGGUUAUCGAUCUGCAUGACAUAAUCGACAAUGAAGUGUCCUCAUCUGAUCCGGUACUGUUGUGCUCGGCCACGGGUUACGAUGCCUCGGGUAAAAUUGAAGACCUCGGUGUGCAAACGGGUCGUCCUGUUACUUCAAUUGCGAUUGGUUCGUCAGAAGGGUUCAGUCAGGCUGAUGCUGCACUCACGGCAGCGUCGAAAUCCGGACGUUGGGUGCUGCUCAAGAACGUCCAUUUGGCGCCACAAUGGCUUGGCAACAUGGAGAAACGUCUGCACACGCUGAAGCCACAUGCGAACUUCCGCUUGUUCCUCACGGCUGAGAUCCAUCCAAAACUGCCCACGUCUAUUCUCAGAGCAUCACGUCUGGUGGUGUUUGAACCUGCUACCGGUCUCAAGGCUAAUCUUCUACGAUCACUUGCAACCCUACCCGCCACUCGUCUUGCUCGUGCUCCAGCUGAACGAAGUCGACUGUACCUGCUCAUUUGUUGGCUCCACGCAUUGGUGCAGGAACGAUUGAGAUACACUCCUCUUGGUUGGGCCAACGCGUAUGAGUUCUCUGACGCCGAUCUGCGUGUCGCUUGUGAUACGCUGGAUGCAGCGGUCGAUGUAGUCGCACAAGGUCGUGCUAAUGUAGCGCCAGAAAAGCUCCCAUGGACAACUCUCAGAACGCUGCUCAGUCAAUGCAUUUACGGAGGAAAAAUUGACAAUAACUUCGAUCAGGUUCUGCUCGACUGUAUUCUGGAGAGGCUGUUCACGGCAAAGAGUUUCGAGCCAGAACAUGUACUUGUCAGUAAAUUCGAUGGUGACACACCACUAACCACUCCAGACGCAACACAACGUGACCAACUUCUAGCUUGGGUUGAAGGAAUCAAGAGUCAGCAGGUAGGCAGGCCUUUUUUGGAAUUUCUGGCGCUGUUCACCCUUUUCGACCUCUCUUUUGGGAACCAGAGAACUAGAAAUACCGGAAUAAAACUAUCGGUUACCGGAACUCGUCUUCGGGGUUAG